UUUGUAGAACCAAAUCCUUCUGAAUUAUAUCAAAUGUAUAAAUGGAAGAUAGAGACAUUUUCACAGAUCAAUGAAAGAGAGAUUCAGAGCAAUGCAUUUGAGGUUGGUGGCUGCAAAUGGUCGAUUUUAAUUUAUCCCCAAGGUUGUGAAGUUGGCAAUUAUCUCUUGUUAUUUCUUUGCAUUGCUAAUCAUGACGAACUUCCUCCAGGGUGGAGUCAUUUUACACUGUUUACACUAUCAUUGAUGAAUAAAGAUCCAAAGAAAUCAAAAUAUGCAGAUACUUCACAUCGGUUCAUAAAGGAAGAGUAUGACUGGGGAUGGAAAAGGCAUAUGGAGUUAUCAAAACUAAUUGGGUGUUGUAGGGAGAGAGCAGACCGGCCUUUUCGUUGUCUUGGUUAUGAGUAUAGGAAUGAGCUUGUUAGGGUGUAUUUGACAAAUGCAGAGACAGUUUAUUGGCAUUUUGUGGAAGAAAGACGAGUUAAGCUAGAGAGAUUGUUAGCAGACAAGGCUUGGUGGUCCAGACCAUUUUUAAUUGCUACAGCUUCUCUGCCUUCGGGUUGGGAAUGGAUCAAAAUACCAGGCAGCAUAUGCAAGUCAAAAUCAUUGGAUAUGGAAGAAGUUCCAGGCCCUAUUGUUCUUGUGCUGAAAGGUAUGUUUGUUUUGGGGGAUAAUUUGCUACUUCUUCUGAAGAGGGCUGCCUCAGAACCAUUACCUCCGAAAGAGCUGAAGGGUCCUCAGAACCGUAUGAAUGAUGUGAAUACUGGAGAGGACUUGAUUGAGCUUGAAAGGCGUCUCACAGUACUGGGUUGCAAGGCAUUACAAACGUUUGCCCUGGCCUAUAUUUUCUGCAACAAGAUUAUGGUUGCGUACCAGGAAGAUGCUGCUUUGAAGAGGCAAGAAGAGCUCCUCGAGUCAAUACACCUCCUUUAUUUGGAGCAGAAUCAUUUCAUAAUUUAGAUCAAUCAGUCAACUAAUAUCUCUCUUGUUAAAUUCUACUGUGUGCAUAGUGCACUCUCGCAGAUGCAGAUUAACCAAGUUCAUGAUUUUUUGGGUUGUGGAGCAAUUUGAACUGGAUAUUCCAUUGUGUUUGUGUUUUUUCUUUUUUUCCUUUUUUGGGGGGGUUACAUUUGGAUUUGUUGUUUCAAUUUUUUUUUUUUUUGUUAAUUCCUAUGGAUUUAUUUUCAAUCUUAUUAAAGUAACUUUGAACAA